UGCGCCCCUCGUAAUCUCGUAAUCAAAACAGAGCGCGUGUCAUUAUUUUGUCAAAAAAAGAAUUUUUACGUGAUUUCACGAAAUCGCGAAUGAAACUGUAUCCAAAAUUUCGCAGAAAAUCGUUCAGUUAGUUGAUAGGUCUACAAGUCAACAUGACGAAAACCAGAUUCAACACCUACGAUGUGGUUUGCUCGGUGACGGAACUUCAAAGGCUCGUUGGGAUGCGAGUGAAUCAAAUCUACGACAUCGACAACAAAACGUAUUUGAUUCGGUUGGCAAGGAACGAGGAGAAGGUGGUUCUGCUUUUAGAAUCGGGCAAUCGGUUCCACACGACCGCUUUCGAAUGGCCUAAGAAUGUAGCCCCAUCCGGCUUUACGAUGAAGCUAAGAAAGCACUUGAAAAAUAAACGACUGGAAAACAUGAAGCAGCUGGGGGUGGACCGUAUUGUAGAUUUCCAGUUCGGAACGGGCGAAGCCGCUUAUCACGUGAUUCUCGAGCUUUAUGACAGAGGAAACAUUCUGUUGACCGAUUGCGACUUAAAAAUUCUAAAUAUUCUGCGUCCACAUGUUGAGGGAGAGGAAGUACGUUUUGCCGUUAGAGAAAAAUAUCCAACUGAUCGAGCCAAGGAGGAUAAAGGCCCUCCCCCAAUGGAAAAGGUCAAAGAGGCGGUCGUGAAUGCCCGUCCCGGUGAUGCGUUGAGAACGACAUUGAAUCCCAUUUUAGAGUACGGUGCAUCGGUAAUUGAUCAUGUACUUCAUAAGUACGGAUUGUUUGGAUGCCGAAUUGGAGGCGAGAAUCCCGAAGCCAACUCGGAGUUGCCGAAAAAGAAUAAGAAAAAACAAAAAGCUAUCGCGAAAGAGUUUUCGAAAGUUUUCAACGUUGAAGAAGAUAUGACAUCGCUGAUGUGUGCGAUUAAUGACGCAGAGACUAUGCUACGGAAGGCUAUGAAGGAGCCGUCCAAGGGAUUCAUUGUUCAGAAGAAGGAUCUGAAACCUGUUAAGGAUAAAGAGGGGGAAGAGUUUUAUUACACCAAUUUGGAGUAUCAUCCUUUUCUGUACAAUCAAUACAAGGAUGAACCGGUCAAGGAGUUUGAUAGUUUUACCGCUGCAGUGGAUGAGUUUUAUUCUACUCUAGAAGGGCAAAAAAUUGAUUUGAAGGCUUUCGCCCAAGAAAGGGAAGCACUCAAAAAGCUGUCCAACGUCCGUACAGAUCAUGCAAAACGAUUAGAAGAUCUAACGAAAACGCAAUUGGAGGAUCGUAAAAGGGCUGAACUUAUCACAAGAAAUCAGAAUCUUGUGGACAGUGCGAUUUUGGCGGUACAGAGUGCGUUGGCCGCUCAAAUGUCGUGGUCAGACAUCCAGGAUUUGGUCAAGGCAGCUCAAGCCAAUAAUGACCCCGUGGCAUCCUGCGUUAAACAACUGAAGCUGGAGAUUAAUCACAUUUCGUUGAUGUUGAAGGAUCCAUAUGCAGCGCUGGAGGAUGAAUGUGAUGAUGAGGAGGAAAGCGAUCGGGAAGAUGGAGAGGAUAAGCUGGAACCAAUGGUGGUAGAUGUAGACUUAGCUAUGACGGCUUUUGCCAAUGCUCGACGUUAUUACGAUCAGCGUCGAUUUGCUGCCCGGAAAGAGCAGAAAACGAUUGAAUCGUCAUCGAAGGCUUUGAAAAAUGCCGAAAAAAAGACAUUGCAAACAUUGAAAGACGUAAGGACACAAACAACGAUUUCGAAAGUCCGCAAAGUCUAUUGGUUUGAGAAGUUCUACUGGUUCAUUAGUUCUGAAAAUUAUUUGAUCAUUGGUGGCAGAGACCAGCAACAGAAUGAAUUGAUAGUCAAACGUUACAUGCGACCAACAGAUAUUUACGUACACGCUGAGAUUCAGGGCGCCUCAAGUGUCAUUAUAAAGAAUCCCUCCGGAGAAGACAUUCCACCAAAAACUCUGCUCGAGGCAGGAACCAUGGCCAUCUCCUACAGCGUUGCAUGGGAUGCCAAAGUCGUAACCAGCGCCUAUUGGGUCAAAAGUGAGCAGGUUAGUAAAACUGCACCAACUGGAGAAUAUUUGACCACUGGAAGCUUCAUGAUUCGAGGAAAAAAGAACUUUUUGCCACCCUGUCAUUUAGUUCUCGGUUUAAGUUUCAUGUUUAAACUAGAGGACAGCUCUGUGGAACGGCAUAAAGGUGAAAGAAAGGUUCGAACGUUUGAUGAAGAGUCUGUGAUAAGCAAGGACGACCGAUCCGAAAUAUCCGAAGCUCCUGAUCAAGAAAUUCAACUCGAAGGGGAUUCCGACCAUGAUGAGAAAGAUGUUGCUGGAACACAUGAGCCCAAUGAAGCUAUUGAAAAUGAAGUGGAAUCUCUUUCGUUGAAGGAGGAAGCAGACACUGCGGAUCAUCCAGUGGAUUCGGAUUCUGAUACAGACGAUAGUGACGGUCCAAAAUUCCCUGAUACACAUGUGAAAGUCGAGCACGAUACGGGAAAAGUAUCUGUUCAAGCUGAUCCUGUUCUCCAACGUCUUACUUCCGAGCCGGAUCCGGAGAAUGUUAUCUUCUUAGGUGAUAAUAAGCCGUUUAUUAUAACUCCAGCCCCACCACGUAAAAAGCAAAUUCAAAAGAGUAAGCAAAAAGCCAAGGAUAAAGAAAGGGCUCGAGAGGAAGCGGCAGCCAAAAAUAGGAAGGAAGAAUCCCAGAAGCAAGGUCAACUGAAGCGAGGCCAGAAAGCUAAGAUGCGUAAAAUCAAGGAAAAAUACAAAGACCAAGACGAAGAAGAGCGAAAAAUGAUGAUGGACAUUCUGAAAUCGGCUGGCAAUAGGAACACCCAAAAUCAAAAACAGGAAGAUGCAGAUGGAAGUGAUCAGAAAAAGUUCCCAGGUAAGAAGCCUCAACCGCACCAGAAACCGGGAGAUAUCGACGAGAUCGGAGAUGAUACUCCUGCGGCAGCCGAUGUGGAUAUGCUGGAUACGUUGACUGGUCAACCGAUGGAUGAGGAUGAGCUGUUGUUUGCAAUUCCGGUUGUUGCACCGUAUCAGUCGCUGCACAGCUACAAGUUCAAGGUGAAGCUGACUCCCGGAACAGGUAAGCGUGGUAAGGCAAGUAAAAUGGCUUUGCAGAUUUUCCUGAAAGAUAAGAUGUGCACAAAUCGUGAAAAGGAUUUAUUGAAGGCAGUCAAGGAUGAGACCCUGGCACGAAAUAUUCCAGGGAAGGUCAAACUGUCGGCACCACAAAUGCAAAAAUUAAGAAAGUGAUUUAUUGGUCACCUUUCCUCCCGAUUAAUGUUUCAAUUUAAUUAUUUUAGAUAGUUGAAAAACAAAUAUAUAACAAAGAAUGGA